UGCUAUGCCAUCUUGUGUGGACUUUCUCCAGGGUGAUGGAGAGAAAUAUGUAUUAAGUCGGCCUGAAAACGUUAAAACCCAACAGUGUUCGCUUGAUUUUUGUGCUCUGUGACAAGGCACAGCUAUGGCCGGUAUACGCAGAGUAAACGGGAAAUUGUCCGGAGUUAACCCCGCUGUCAGUUGCUCUCGCCUGCGUCAAGUUCAAGCCCUGCUCUGCGAAGGAGACUCAGUCACCCCUGAUGGCAUUUUGUGCUCUCUUGGAAUAGACAGCAGAUAUAACGAGGGAUGCACAGAGCUGGCAAAAUACCUUUUCUAUGGGCUGUAUGAACGGAAUCAGCCAAACCUGGAGCAUGCCUUUGAUGACUUUCCUGAGGAAAUGCUGGACGACGUGAUUCUACUGAUAAAGGCAGAGUGCGUCCAACUCUACUGCAACCCGCUGAACUACAGUUACCUGUUGCCUUAUGUGUCACACUGGAGGAACCUGCAGCUCUACUGCAUGACGGAGGCUGAGUAUGAAGACGAAGAAGCAGCGGAGGAAUUCAAAAUCUCCAGCUUUGUCACGAUGGUGCAGGACUGCCACCGUAUCGGAGUUGCCUACAGCUCCCAGGGGCACAUCCAGAAGUUUGAUGUGUUUAUGGUGGAGAAGUGGCCCCUGAUUCAAGCGUUUGCCCUUGAAGGGAUAGGUGGUGGAAGCUUUUUUACCAUCAAAUACAAGAUUGUGGAUAUGAGUGAGAAGCUAUGGCAGGUUUACACCAGACUCGACCCAGUGUCCCUGGAUCAUCUCUUAACAGAGGACCUGGGAAUCUUUGAGAAGCAGUGGAGCAACUUCUUCUCCCGCAUCGACCUGGAGAGUCAUCUCUCCAUCUUGGAUCUGUCUGAGGCUCAGGCAGGAGAGGCUUUCCGCACUUUCUACUGUCACGGGCUGAUUUCAAACAACAUCUCAGAUAAAAGUAAAAGUCGACAGCCCUUCGUGCUGUUUGGAAAGCACUCCUCCUCUGAGGACCUGGAGAACAUUUCCUUCAACUUUCCCUCAGAGAGUCAUCAGGUCCGCAACACUGGACCUCAGGGCUUUGCUGCCAGACACAUGAUUCUACAGUGUGUGGCCCCCAAAGGCCCUUUGUCCUGUUCACGAACAUAUUUCUUUGGGACUACUCAUACCCCGUAUCUUGGGAUUCAGAUGACAGAGCAAAAGAAGACCGACGUCUUAGUAGCGUCACAGAUUUACUCUGCUGUGGUUCAAGGGGUCUUGUCUGGAAUAAAAUGCUACUCCAGUACUUCCAGUUUUGCCAAGGCUAAAGAUGAUGCGGUGAACUCGUUUCUUCUGGCGUUGGACUCGAUGGAUUUAGGCCACUAUUGCACUCUUCUCAGGUCAAAGUGUGAAUUCAGCAUUCAAGCCACAAAUAAUCGAGGAGUUGGAAUUCCUCUGACUGACCAAAGCAGCCGUUAUCUAGUCAAAAUGGCUUCCCUGAUCGUCAGAGACAUCCCAGACCUGCAGGAGAACAGGGGAGAGUUUGGCACCGUGCUCUACUCUGAAUCUUUUCUGGAGUCCAGCAUCAACAUUCAGCAGAGAGAUGGCACUGUGUCCUCAGACAGCUGCUACGCCAUCCUGACUGCAAAUGUUCCCCGCUACGCCUGCUGGCUGAUGGAAUCUGACGUCAAGCACUCAGAACAAGCCCUGCAUCUCGCUAUGAAAGAGGGUGGCAGUUAUCUGGGAGAUUCUCUGACUGAAGCAGAUCCUGCUUAUGUGUUCUCUGGUGGCCAGCUCUGCUCACCUGAGGAAGGUAAAAUCAGGUUUUUCUCUGAGGGACUCCUGUUCAUCCACUCUCAGUUUGGUUGCAUCACUCUCUCGAAGGAUCACAUUCGUAAAAUCAUCUUUUAUCUCCUGGACUCCUGCAGUGUGGGCUCUUUGUUUGUAGAGUACGAGAGCAGCCUGUUCCCACACCUUCCGUUCCCUCUGCACAGCUCUGAUCAGUGUCUGCUCUUUGCUCUUCAGCCUAGAUCUAAGAGCUACAAGGCCUUUUUUGCCAAGGUUUUGCCAGUGUGGAAAGAUCCAGAAGCUGGAUUCGGCUUGCAGCUGUUGGACCAAGAACAGCUGUCCUUGAACCAGAGAAACAUGCACACCAGAGUUCAGAAGCUGCAUGACAGCCAGGAGCCGCCCGUUGCUAAGCGCAGAGACAACCUCAAGACUUCACACUCCAAGCUGCCACAGCAGGAAAUGUUAGUACUCACAGAUUGCCAAACUGCAUUAGAUGCUGACCGUGUGCAUWUAGAAGUUCUUCUGUCUCUUGUCUUUCACUUCAGGUUUGCUUUUCCCAAGCUGUUGGAACAGUGCAGUCAAGGUAUUGUGAGUACAGUGGUGUUCACAGGGCUGACAGCAGAGCAGAAGCACCCUCUCAUGCAGCAUUUUCAGCAGUUGGUACGCUCCGCUAACCCCACCGCUGCCUUCAUACCGGCGGAGAGAGGAGCUGUCACCAGGGACGAAGAUGUGAGCCUGAUACUGUCUGAGAGCAGCUUCGGCGAGCCGCAGAUGCUGAGAGCGCGCUACGUCCUCUACCCUGGAUGGUGCAAAGGACGCUUCUUCUCUGGCUCGGGGACUGUGAGCGUCGCCCAGGAGCGUGUGGCUUUCAGCCGGCCCCUAGAGAGGCCUCUGUUUGUCAUCCGCUGUAAAGSAAUCAAGUCGUCAUUAAAGUCGAGUCCAUUCAGAGGAAAUGUUUACAACAUUUGGGGGAAAGUCAAAUUUUCAGACUCAGAUGGAUGGAUGGCUGUGCGCUUCAAUACGGUUAGCGGGAGCCUGACCAUCAUCCCGGACAAGACCCCACUCCACAAAGAGACCAGCCCCUCCUGCUACCUGACCUUCGACGGGGUUGGUCUCAUCCAGGACGAGCUGAAGACCUGGUUGAGACUCUGUACCAAACAGAAGCAGGCCAAGAAAACAAAGAAGACUCCAAACACCCUGUCGACACAAGAAAUCCAGAGCAUACACGUGGCCCGACACUUGGAUCCACUGCCACCAGGUUAUUUCUACAACGGCUAUCAAUACGUCGACAUCUUUGGAGAAAAAAGAAGCUUCCAUCCCAACAUGGAAGAGUUCAUUAAAGAAUACGUCUCAGAGGCCAACGGAGAGAUUGAGCAGUUCAACCAUCAGCUGGAGCUGCAAGAGGAGCCUGACUUGUUUGAUCCGUGAUAAGAGUCUGUGUUUGAUCGCUUCGCCUGUUGGUGGGUUGGGCGGGGCAGACACACAGCACCAGUUAAACAGUUUUCAAUCAGUAAUCCCACCAUGCGCGUCUUCAGAAGGUGCCRCUUCGUCGGAUUCGUUCCAUUUGUCUGUUAACAUCGUCGCUUUUUUUCUUUUCUGAAUAAGCCGAGGCUUGUCUUCGAGCGGCCUCCAGUCCGUCAUGUGACGCAGUGAUCGCCUGCCUCGUGUUGAGCUCUGAACGAAACGGCAAGUUGUUUUCAUUCGAAUCGAAAUACAGACUGAUCCGAAACCAAAACACGACCUUAAACUCGACAUCAUUACAGCACAAAGCCUGCGAGCUACGGCACUUUCACAACCAAAGGGGGAUUUCCAAUCACACACUCUCACAGCUUGAGCAUUUCUGUUUGUCACAGUCGGCGAAUUAAUGCGUCUAUUUCUGGGCUGGCUUGAAUAGCCGUGUGAUCCUGGUAGGCUCCCUGGUGGGGUUUCUCAAGAAUUGCUCCUCCUCUGUUGUCACCCAAUCCGCCGUCCACCUGUUAGCUUGUUUGCGAGCCACACUGGAGCAGAGGGAGCGUUUGGUCGCGGAGUGGUAAACAUUAGAAAGCCCGACGGCUCAACGCCGCUGUUUGUCACGUCUCCACAAGCCAUCCCCAGCUUUAUUUAAAAAAAGAAAAAGAAAAAUACCCCUCGAGGAGAUUCUAAUUGUACAGUACUUUAAAUGAAUUAAGAGUCUAAAACGAGGUUUAGUCAUUUUAUACCAGCUGUAAGCUGUCAAAAACACAUGAAGUCACACAGAUGAAGUUUCCACUUSACAUAUUUAUUCUGUAAACACUUCAGCCAGUUAAUUAAAGCGUUCUUUCAAAUAGGAGAGACAGAUCAGUGGUGCUUUUUCAGAAUUCUUCCUAAAGAUGCAGUAUGUAACUUUUAAAAACAAUAUGUUUUUUUUUGUUUUGUUUUUUUACAUAUUUGUUAUAUGUCAACAUGUUGUGACAGUAUAAAAUGAGACAGAAAAACCUGAGCUCCUCUGCCGUCUUCCUGUGGUUCUUCUGCCAUCUGCAGAAAUAAACUGCUCUAGGUCAGAAGCAACCAAUCAAAGCAAGGAGGAGGGGCUUCACGCAGUCAAUCAUGCCUGUGUACUAAUGGCGGAAAAACAACUAAACUUUACAGGAAAACAGUGAAUGCUAGCUAGUCUURGCAUUCACGCGAGGCUGAGUUGCGUGGGAACUAGCUGUAGCAUAGCAAAGAGCAAGGAAGAAGGUGUGAGUAGCGCAUUUAAAAGGAUGAUUGACAGCGGUAAGACCCUCCUGGUUUUGACUGGUUGUUUUUGGCCAAGCAGCUUAUUUCAGCAGAUGGCAGUAGGACCACAGGGUGAAGACAGAGGAGCUUUAAUUUUUGCCCCCCAGAGAUUUUCUGUCUUAUGUUAUGCUGUCAUGGUGACUGUUUUCACAAAUAUGUAAACAAAUAUAUACCAUCUCUAAAACGAAAAUACUGCAAAAAUUGUCUUCACAUUACAUUGGUGUCAACAUAUUUGGGCAAAACAUUGAUUUAUGUUCAUGAAUGGUUAGUGUUAGAUACACAUUAGUGGAGCACAUAGUUAAAGGCUUAGUCACAAAGAUUUGGACCUGACGUCCUUUUAAGUGAGUUGCUGUUUGCUCUGUGAUUGAAUACCACAUUAAUGUUACAUGCACGUCUUUGAAAUUGAAGAAUUUCCAAACCCGUGAUUUGCUGGUCCUGCACAGGCUUUGGGAUUCUACAACUUUUGAGAAAAUGGAUAUAAUAAGCGCAGAUUUAACUCGUAAACAUGUACUGGUAUUUGUGUGGCCGCAUAGUAAGGUAGUGUAGACACUCUUGAAUGAUAAACUCUAAAACUCAAUUUCCAGACCCAUUUUUAAAUAUAUCCAGUAGGAAUCUUCCGAGUAAAGAUGCACCAUUCAAGAAUUCAACUGUUUUUUUGUUCUCCGGGUUUUGGAAAACUUUGACCUGCUGAUACGGCAGGUCUAAUAACAAUUUCUCUUUAACCGCGAUGAUAUGAGAUGGUAGUACAAUAUAAAAAAGCUGUAACUGUUGGCUUUCCUCACAUAAGCAGCCUUUAUAAAUAUAUCAGAACCAACACAAAAUAAUGAUUGCGUUGACAUUUUAACCUUGGUUAUUUUGGCGAUUAGUGUGAAUUACACGACUAACAUUGUGAAAACGGCAAGCGCCGUUGAUUUCCUUCAGAUUCUGACCUUAAGCCGAACAUUUCUAUUGAUAAGUCUAUCAACAUUUAAACAGUUUUAAAGCACAAAAGUUCUUUGGUAUUCUGCUCAGCCUUCCUGUUACCUGUUGAGCCUCUUGCUCUCUCACAGACUGAACAAACAACCCAAAUGUUAGCAAGCUAUAAGAAAUACAGUYCCUUUAACAUUUUUUACAUUAAUUUGACUUUAAGACUUCACAGUUUGGGAAAAUUGGUAACUUUAGCCCUUCUCCACUCAGUAACAGCAUCCACACUGAGCAGUACUAAAAGUACAACUAUAACUAACUGAGAUUCUUGAGUCUAACAGAUCACGAUCAACAACCGAUUUCUCGGUGCAUCUCUGCUUCCGAUAGUAUUGGGAGAUUUAAAGGCAUACAUUCGAAAUGGGGUCAGCAAUGUAAUGAGCAGACUGCACAUUUUAGUCAGGUGGCUAAUAAAAACAGCCUUGGGAUGUCGAGUUAGAUCAGAUUACGUCUUUCACUGUGAAAUGAUCUCAUUUGGUGAAGUUUUCAUACAAAUGCGUAUGUAAGCCUGUCAAAUGAGCAAAACAUAAUAUCGCAAGCUAAAAGUCAACGUGACACUGCUGGCCCCAUGCUUUCUCUUCUUAAAGUGCACUCUGGUCUGUAGAAGCCAUAUCCAUUCAUUCUAGUGGUGCUGCAGUCCUUUUGUCAAGUUAUGUAGACCACAGAAAAGCAACUAAACUUCAUCAUUAUCUACCAAAAAUUCACAUGGAGAGGAGCUCGUUUCAUAUUUCUUCUCUUAACUAUCCUUGAUAAAAGUGCAAUUCCUCAGUGUGUUUUUAUAUGUUACAGUCCUCCUCGGAUGCCUCUUUAAGGACGAAGAUGAAACAAAUGAGAUGCUGAAUUCUCCGGCUCCCGCGGCUGGUUUUCUGUUCUUUGCUGCCACCACUGCUCGCUUGGCAAAAUCGAGGGCUUUGUUGCAAUUAAAUACCACUGGGGGAAAAAAAAAGAAAAAGUAUUACCUCAGCUCACAACGGAUGGGACAAAAUUCCAACAGAUUAYGGAGCUUUUUCAGAAAUAGUACAGGAUUAUAUAGAACCUUAAUCCUUUGGUGACAAAAGGAUAACUUGCGUUUAAGCUGGAUCCCUGCUUGAACAUUUCAACGAUGCACUCCGUGAGGCUCUCUGUUUUGAGCAACAGUUGUCAUAGUUGUGCGCUUAUGUAAUACUGCAGAGUUACCUUGAUUGACAGCGAGGCGGUUGGGAGGCAGAUGGCUGGGAAACUGUUGGCAGACCUUUGAACCCGGCUGUGGAUCAAACAUUAGGGAGCCCGAGACCCCAGCCAGUCCUCARAGAGAUGGGGGUUCUGCUACACGUUAGUGAUAUUUAAACAAAGUUUCCACUAACGGAUAUAUAGACUCAUUUAUACACAAGUACUAUCACAACUCUUGUGUGUAGAUUUGCAUGUGUCGAGAUGUUAUUUGAAUAUUACAAUACAUGUAUUCAGAUUUUUUUUUUUUUUUUUUUUUAAUGCCUUUCACCAAACUGGUACAAUGAAGCAAAGAAAAAUCAGGUUUAUUUUACAUAUCUGCGAAGAAUUUGAAUUUACCUCAAAUGGCAACAUAUAGUAUUUUUGUAAGACUGUGAAUUGAACAUAAAGGUUUCCUCACGCACAAGCUUCAGCAAAAGUAAAGGCAGAUGCAAAUCUUUUGUAGAAAAGCUCGCGCGCGCGCACAAAAACGGAAAAAGAAGAAGUAAAAAAAAACCGACGAGAAUCUGAUCAGUUGCGAGAUGUCAGGUUUCUCUGAUCCAGCGGUGCCUUGGCUACGGCUAAGAAAAGCAGAGAUUAAAGCUGCUUUCAGAGCUUCAUCCUUCUCCCCGUGACAGGGAAAGGAGGUGCUGUCAGGCAAGGAUCUGUCCUUCAACAGUGUUGGUGAAAGGAAUCCAUGGAGUCGCUCUUUAAAGCAGUGUGUUUUAUUUACAAAGCCGCAGGGCGAAAGUGGGCGAAGUCACACAGCGAGGCUGCUGGCAGGCUCSGGGUAAAAUCAGGUGUUCUUUUCRAACUUGCGAAAACCUCCAAGAAAAGAAAACAAAUAAAUAAAAUAAAGACAAUAAAAAAUCGGGUGAUCCCUGUUUAUUGUGAAUUGGGAGCCCAACUGAGCCCUCCACAAGCCUCCAACGGGUGACUGCUUCACAGCUCUUCGGCAAACUGAGCGCUCCUUUGUUUUUGUCUUGUGUGUUGCAGCUGAAGUUAUAGGACAAAAACGAAGUUUGGUGUCAAUUGGUUCUAUAAGGUGGGAGGAAUUGUGAUAUUCUUGUAACUACAGUUUGAGAAAAUGGUUUUUUCUUUCAUUUAUUUUCUACUUUUAAAGAUUGGCUUUAGAGGGAUGGUUAAGAUUUUUAAGUGAGAUCUGAGAAGUUAUCAGUGUUGGCUUCCGGAUGUAGCUAAUCUGAAGGACCCCUGUUUUAGCUCAUUUUGGCAACUCAAACUGWUUUUACAUGUGGAAUAUAACACUACCCAUUAUUAACCUYCUACUUUUUCACUAGAGGCCAUUAUUUAAUUUAUCCAGGUUUCUCAGCUCGACAACAUUGAUGUAAUUAAGCUAAUGUCAGGCUAAUGUAGCAAUCUGCCCAGUUAUCUCCAACCUAUAUAUAUAUAUAUACUAAAAAUAAAUAAGUAUUUGAUUGAAAACCUUAUAUAGGCACUAAAUUUCAUUGUCUGUAAGGACACUGAAUCGUAUUUUGUCCCCUCUGGCUUAUCAUGGAAAAAAAUACUUGAACUGCCCAAACUUGAACUGUGUUAUCCUACACUCAAGUAUUUAAAACAAUUAGAUUCUUUAAUGCUUUUUCUCUAGGUUUGACAAAACCUAAGAUUAUUUUUGGCAUUAGAACUAACAUAAAUUAAGUAUGAAAAUGUAUAUAAAAUUGGUCAAAUUUAGGAUAUGUUCUACACUGAUUGCAUGUCUUUUAUAUUACUUUUUAAUGUGCCCACAUUUUUUACCAUUUCAUAAUUUAUCAUUUAAAACAGAAAUAAUUUUCUGKGGGGAGGAAUUGGUAAAAUCUCACCUCCCAGGGCACCAUUAAUGCCAGAACCGCCUCUGUAACUGAAAGUUACUUCAUGAAACGUCACUUCAGAAAAUCUGAACUAUCCCUUUAAAACUCUACAGCAGUUUGGCAUGUGCCCACUUGUUCACAAGAUGGAUAUUUUUUAUGGUAUUUUUGUGCGUUUUGGGAAAAGGCAGCUUGAAAAUGGAUUUUACCUCCCGGAAUAUUUUAGUAGCCUAAAGGGAACAUUGAUGCUAAUUGUUUAGACUGUUCUGUCCUGGUAAGGUUAAGAGAAAAUCACAGGCUUCACGUCCUUACAGUCCUYCCAGGAAAUGAAAGGACUUUGCUCAGGUGUAAUGUGAUUAACUUACCCAAGGUUCCAUAUUUGAAUGACCAAACUUAAGCAUUACUGAGGCUUACGGAGGUGAAAUUGUGCUUGGAGUAUUUGAUGUGUAGCCACACACAGACUGGUUGCAAAAA